UUCAACCAGGACCUGCGCUGCCAGGUUGCCCUGAGGCACGGAAAUGGACCGUGCCCUGAGGCUGUCACCCUGUGCCCGAGAGAUGACAGCAUGCUGGGCUCUGGGCUUUCUGGGUGACAGUUCGCUCAUCUGCAGGGAGCAGAAAUGGUGCCAAGCACGCUCCUGGGUCGCACUCGGGGCUCAUUCUGGCCUGGAACGAGGAUCCAAGUCCGGCCCGCAAGCCCCUCCACCCACGACAGACGCGGCCAAGCAGGAUUCCACCAAGGGCGCCGCAGGGGCCGGCUCUCUUCUUCGGGAGUCCAGCUCUGUCGCGGAGGACACCAGCCCUGGUCCCAUCUACUUCCUGGACCCAAAUGUCACCCGCUUCGGCCGCAUCUGCCCGCCCGCCUACUCCAUACAAGGCAGGGGUAAAUCCCGGGGUCUGGAGGUGACACCAGGUCCUGGAGCCUACAGCCCAGAGAAGGUGGCCCCUGUGCGCCAGAGGACACCCCCAGCCUUCACCUUGGGCUCCCGCCUGCGCCCGCAGCCGCUGGACACCUCGGCGCCCGCCCCCAACACCUACACGCUGCCCUCCCUUUGGGGCGCCCACAUCUUCAUCAAGCCCAGUAGCCCCUCCUACACCGUGGCGGGCCGGCCGCCCCCACUGCGCCCCGCGCAGGACCCCGCUGAGAUCCCCGGGCCCGGCCAGUACGAGAGCCCGAACCCCGACGCCUACCGCCAGCGCCUGCCCGCCUUCACCAUGCCGGGGCGCGCCCGGGCUCUGCGACCCCUGAUGGAGACCCCGGGGCCGGGGACCCACAGCCCCGAGCACGUGACAGUCACCAAAGCCCGGGCCCCCGCGUUCACCAUGGGCAUCCGCCACUCCAAACGCGCCUCCACCAUGGGCUCGGAUACCUGCAGCGUGGGCCGACUCUCCACCUUGCGACCCCGGGAAGUGAGGUGCAAAGCUCUGGUGGGCCUGGUCUGACUGGGAGGGGGGACAGAGCUGCUACACACACAUACUCCCCUGCGCGCGCACGAGCGCACACACACACACACACACACACACACACACACACACACACACACGACACCUUUCCUGAAUUCUCUGAGCUGCUUCUAGGUCAGGACGCUCUCUGUCCCCGGGGGCAGUGACCCCUCUGCCUUGGACAAGGCGAGCCUCCGUCCAGCGUCCCAGUUCCUUAAGGCCAGUGACGCCCGGCCAAGCCGUGCCAGACUGAGAAAGGGACACCCUGGCCCUCCCCAGCGGCCGGCUGCAGAUGGCAUUUCCUGUGACCCAGAACUCAGUGUCCAACGGCUGGUCAGGGCUUGGGUCCCCAACACAGCACAGCCGGGGGGAGGGGGGUUUCUCUGCCAAACUCGGGCUAGUCCCUGCUUCUCGUGAUGCUCAAGACACCUGGUGUGAUUUCAGCCAAAGUGUCCCCCCAGGUCCCUGCCACCUCUCUGCCCCUCUCUCCCCAGCCACUGGCCAAUAAACGUUGGUGUCUCUGAA